UCCGCCAUGCACUGCCAGCCGCAGCCGCGGCUCGCCGCGCCCGGCCGCGCCAAGGCAGGCAGGCGGCGCUACAAGACCUUCAUGAUCGACGAGAUCCUCUCCAAGGAGACCUGCGACUACUUCGAGAAACUUUCCCUGUGCUCCGUGUGCCCGGCCCUGCUGGUGCGGCCCAAGCCGCUGCACUCCUGCGCCGGGUCCCCUUCUCUGAGGGCGUAUCCUCUCAUCUCCGUCAUCACCAGGCAGCCCUCCGUGGUCCCUCACCUUGUCCCAGCAGCCACCAGCUCCCGGGUGCUGCCAGCCCAGGCCUCCUCGGGGACUGCCAGCUCAGAGACGCCGGCCAAUGAGACCCAUGUCAGCAGCGAGUCAGAGGCAGAACAGCCCACACCUCGACUGAAAAAGCCACGCCGGAGUAGGACCAUCUUCACGGAGCUCCAGCUGAUGGGCUUAGAGAAGAAAUUCCAGAAGCAGAAGUAUCUGUCCACCCCAGACAGGCUGGACUUAGCCCAGUCAUUGGGUUUGACUCAGCUCCAGGUGAAGACAUGGUACCAGAACCGUAGGAUGAAGUGGAAGAAAAUGGUGCUGAAGGGUGGGCAGGAAGCUCCCACAAAGCCCAAAGGCCGUCCAAAGAAAAACUCCAUUCCCACCUCAGAGGAAAUCGAAGCAGAAGAGAAAAUGAACAGCCAGGCGCAGAGUCAGGAGACGGAGGGAUCUCAAGCACUUGAGGAGCCUACAUCAACAGAGGAGAAGCCGGGAGUUUCUUUGGAAAUGGAGGAGACUCCAGAUCAUAUACCAGAGUCCCCCUCAGAGGAGACUACGCCAUUAAGUUAAAAGGGGAAGAAAAGGGAAAAAAGAAAAGUAAAAAAGAGAAAAGAGAAAAACACAAACCAAAUAUAUAUAUAUAUGUGUGUGUGUAUAUAUAUAUAUUUAAAUAUGUAUGUAAUUGUGUGUGUACAUACAUACAUAUAUAUAGAUAUAUGUGUGUGUAUAUAUAUGUAUGUAUGUAUAUGUAUAUAUAUAUAAAUGUAGACCUGUGUAUGAAUUGAAAGCUUGGUCACUUUGUGCCUUUGGGAAUCAGCCAUGCUAUGGUGGAAACAAGACAUCCCAGGUGAGCAGUGAGGAUCUGUCCCUCCGGCGGUGCAUUAGAGCCUUCCCCACGGAUGGUGAUGGAGGCUUGGACACUUUUCCAGAGCAAACUGCGUCCAGAAACCUGAGACGGCCGCUGGUGAAUAAAGCAGAAGGCCAGGAUGCCUUCCACACUGCAGGAGGCGAUGUGUAGUGCUAUGACUGUGUUGGAGGUGUUCGCUUGACUUUAUUCUUGCCUUUUAAAGUAGUGCAAAUGAACAGAGUACAUAGUCUGGUCUCAGAUCCUAAGAAAUGGGGAGCUCUGACAGCACCAUUUCCUCGUGUAACCAGCACUUAUUUCUGUUAGGGAUGGGCCCAACUUAAACAUUUGUGGGAAAGAGCUUAGACCCAUGGGUUUGCUUUGGCCCAGCAUAAAGAUCAAAGUGUCUGAAGUGACCCGUGUUGGCAUUCAGAUUUCAUAUCUCUUGGUUGUUGGAUGCCACAUCGGUGAAUUUGCAGUGACUCAGGGUGAAAUUGUGAAUGAGAUGAGGGUUUGGAUUUGAGUCUGCUCCAAAAGCUUUGGGAUGCUUGGAUCUGGGAUUUUCGCUUUGGGCCCAUGUCUAAUUUUUGUAGUUUUUUUUUUUUUUUUUUGAAGAGCAUUUAAAUGUUUUCAGGGUUUUGGGAGAAGGAUGGAUUUUUAGAAGUUGCUGAAGAAAGCUCAUGUUUGUUUUUAAGAUGUGUGCCAAGAAUAGAUGUGCAUCAUGUUUCAUAAAGUCUUGUUAAGGGUGUAUUUUGCCCAGAGGCUGCAAAAGAUGUAUUAAGAUAACCUUUAUUUUUUAAUUAAAAAUUAAAUAUAUGAAUACAA